AUGACAGAAAUGACAAGUGAGGUACUGAUGGCCGCGUGUAAAAACCACGGCGGUUAUGCGGCACCACAUCUGAAUGACCAACUGUUUCUCCAGUGUCGGGGGUUUCUGCGCAUUUCAAACCUGAAAGAUUACGUAAAUCUCAAGGUCUUGUGGCUGGAGCAGAACGCCAUCAGCGAGCUCUCAGGGUUGGACGGGCUGCAGCAGUUAGUUUCCCUUUUUGUCCAAAACAACACUAUUUCAUCACUCUGCACCCUCGCGGUUCUGAGUAAUCUACGAGUCCUCAAUCUGUCGCACAACUACCUGACGUCCCUCUCUGGUCUCGCCGUUGCAUGCCCGCAGCUGGAGACAUUUCAGGUUUCACACAACCACAUCGGAAGCCUAGACGCCUGCACCGAACUAUGGGGCCUGAAGGAGACUCUGACGAGUGUCGAUUUUUCCUUUAAUAAAAUAGAGGUGGGAGAGGAAGACUUGGGGCCAAUGGAUUUCUUUGCGCAGCUGCCAAAAGUGAGCGUCAUCUACUUUCAUGGAAACCCUGGUACUCGUGGCCUGAAGGGGUACAGGCGCAACAUGAUUCUCCGGCUUCCUCAACUGACGUACUUAGACGAACGCCCUGUCUUUGCGGAGGAGCGGCGUGUGGUUGAGGCGUGGGGAGCUGGCGGCGAUGCUGCUGAGGCUAUGGAGCGUGAAGCUAUACGGCGCGAGAAAAAAGACCACUUGGAAAGCUGUGUGAAGGUUUUGGUGGACCGCAUGGAUGAAAACCGUGAGGUUCGUGAUAGACUGACUAAACAAUGGGAAGAGAAGCGUGCUGUUGAGAUGGAACGAUUCCAGGCAUUGCGCUGUAAGUGGCGUGCCGAGCAGUCGGAGAUGGCAGCUGCGGAAGAGCGUAACAGGACUGAUAUUUGUGCUGCAGAGACAGACGAACGUUGUGUUAUCGAGGCGGAGUUCUACGCCUCCAAAAAGACCCUUGACGUCACGGAGGCGGCAUACCGCAACGCGUACAGGCAUCAGAAGGAGGUUGAGGCAGUGCAGGAGGCUGUCCUGAAGGAGAUUGAGGCGGAGGAAGAGAAAGAUAGACACAGCGCCGAUGAGGCGGGUGACGAGAGUGCCGUGCGCGGGUGGAUGAUGUCCGACGAGGAUAUUCUGCAGGAGAUGGAAGAGGAGAUAAUGCGUGCGCUGGAGCCUCUCGUUGCCGAUCCCCUCACCAGCCGAACGGCGCUUAAGAUGGAGCGUGCGAUGGGCGCUGUUGCGUCUCGCCUGUCAGUGGGCGCUGCGCGGGCGGGUGAGUCAAGGCCGGACGUGUGGGAGAAGUUUGCCCAAUGGGAGAGCCGUGUGAAGCACUGA